UCAUCGGCCGCAGCUGUGGCGGCUGCAACGCUCAACAUCAAUCCAGGCAUUGGCGGUGGUGGUGGCGGUGGCGGUGGCGGAAGCGGAGGAGUUGCUGGCUGUGGCAGCCACAAUGUUGUUGAUCAGCAUGGCAAUGUUGCUGCUGCUGCGAUAUACGGCGGGGGUAACAACAGCAAUUGCAACAACAGCGGCGGCGGCGGCGGCGGCAACAGCAACAUUUGCAAUCAGCAAAUCAACAACUACCACAGCAGCAACAAUAGCAAUGGCAGCAGUGGCAGCAAUCAUAUGAGUGCCACAAGUUUCUUCAGUGCCACAGGCAGCAGCAACAGCAUCAACAGCAACAACGAUUAUAUGGCCUCGCCGAAUGUUGCAUAUGUGACACCAGCAUCUGCAGCAGCAACAGCAACAUCUGCAACAGCAACAGCCACAGCAACAUCCACAACGAUGCUGUCUAAUUACUGCGAUGCCGCUACCAUGAUGAUGGCCGCGGCGGCAGUCAAUGCAAAUCAAUGCCUGCAACAACAUCACCAGCGCAUGUUGCUGGCAACCAGCGGUGGCAGCAACAGCAGCAGCAACAAUGAUCAUCUAUCUGCUGCUGGUUCACUGUCAUCUGCCUCAUCGACGCCAACAGCAAUAGCAGCAGCAGCAGCAACAGCAGCCACGACUGCCACAUCCACCCCGCAGCAACAUUUGCAACAUAUGCAUCAUCAGCCGCAACAGCAGCAGCAACAAUCGCCACCAAAUUUAAUAGAUAUCAGCGAAGUUCCUCUCAUUGUGGAUGUCAAGUAGUGUAAUUAUUUAUGCAUCUAGAAAUGGGGCUAUAAAACAAUGUUGUAGAUACCCAAAAAUCCAAAAUCCCAACCCAAAAAAAAACAAAGAAAAAUGUAAAAAAAAAAAAAGAUAUGGACGAUUCGAGUAGCUUAAUUGUUUAAUUUUUGUUGUAUUUUUGUACAUAAAUCCCCCAAAAACCCCAAAACAAAUUAAAAGAUACUUACCCAUAUCCGGAGAACUUUUAAAGUUAGGAGCCCCUUCUCAACAUAGGGGUUCUAUAUACAAUAAAAAUGUGUAUAAUAUUUCAAUGGCACUGAGUUCUACUUAAAAAAAAGUUUAACAAAAGAGAAAUCUCUUUAUCACCCCCUCUCAACAAAAAAAAGACAAAAAACCUGUAUGUUAGUUAAAAUAUUUAUAUGCAACUAUCAGAUACAGAUAUAUAUAUAUAUAGAAAGAUAUAGAUGUUCUAAUCCCAGUGGUUCGCAGAAAUAUACCAAAAAUUUUCUUAGCUAUAAAAUUACUUUGAUGUGUGGCAAUUUUUUAUACAGCGUGCUUUAGCAAUUUUAUUUUUACUUUAAGUAAAAUUUAAAAUGUACAUGUUGGUCCCCUUUGCUCUUUAAGGGCGGGCGGAGUGGCAUAAUUUCGUUUAAAAUUAAAUCCAAAAUUUAGCAAAUUUUGUUUAAAGAAAAUUCAGUGCAAGUUUCAGUUUUUUUAAAACACAAUAUUUUCGCGUAAGCCUAAGCAUUAUUUUAUUUAUGUGUAUAAAAAAGUAUGAAAAGUUUUCUAUA